AUGAAAUCGAAUAUUUGGCUAAAUUUGUGGGCGAAGAUCAAGAAAUUUGGCCUGGAAUAUGAUGACUUUCCCACCACGAUUGAAAAUGUUUCUCUUCUGUUGCGGAUUCUGACUAUUGAUCUUUACAAAAAAUCUGAUAAACGCAUUCCCUUGAUUUUCCACGUUAUGACUGCCAUCGCGGGACUGAGCUUCUUCUAUGGUUAUAUAUUCUCUAUGCUCUGGCUGGUUUUCUUCCGCUAUGGUUUAUCGAAUGUAAAAGUUGUUAAGAGACGAGCUACAGUUAUUUGGGUAUUUCUAAUCUCUGAUGGCGCCGUGUACAUCAUUAUACCAUUUGUGGUCCCUGGAAGACUAUUUACAGUUGAUAUCAUCGUAAUUUAUGGUCUAGAACCCAUGUUGGAGACACCCAAUUACGAAAUAGCAACUUUCAUCACGACUUUAAGCGUUGGUUUUGCAGUGUACACAAUGGUCAGUGUAGCGGUAUACGUCAUUGUUAUCGUUGGUUACAACGAGGCACAAUUGCAUGCACUCAGCGAAGAGCUAUUAAACGUAUGGGAUGAUAGUCAAUACUUCUACAAUAACAUGAAACAUAGGAUAACUGAUAAAGUACACGCUGUAUACAUACGAAACAAAAUAAUUAAUGAAUUCAUAAGAAUCCGUCUGAGAGAUAUCAUAAAGUUUCACAUUGCAAAUAUUAAUCUUAUGCGUGAAUUUGAUCACGACAUUCGAUCUACUUUAGCUAUUGAAUAUACUAUAAAUACUAUUUCUAUAAUAACCGAACUACUCGGUGGUCUAGAAAAUACGUAUCUUCAAUUACCAUAUACAGCAGUUCACAUAUUAAUGGUCUGUCUUGCUGGACAGCGGAUAAUAGACGCGUGUGACCAUUUCGAGAAAUCCGUAUACUCUUGCAAAUGGGAAAACUUUAACACAAGCAAUCGAAGAACUGUAUAUUUGAUGUUGAUUAUGUCACAGAAAACUCUGAUGUUAUCAGCUGGUGGUGUCGUCAAAUUGAAUUUUACUUGCAUGAUGAAUAUUCUAAGGUCAACGUAUUCUACAUAUACGACACUGAAAUCGAUGGUGAAAUAA